AGGUAUUUUAAUUAAGUACAAAAAUGCUGGUUAUCCUCAUGAAAUCAGAGUGUGCCGGAGGCAUUUCUUCAAACUAAAGCAUGCACAACAAUCCGCAGUCCAUGACAAUCGAUGACGCAAACAACCGACAAUCGGGAGUAUGUCGCGAUCAGGUAAACACACAUAUAAUCAAACGGCGGGCAGGUGAGAUAGAACUAAGCUGAGGAAGCUCGAAGCUCGCGGUCUGUAAAUGGAAGUUAUCAAAUAGAGAUCGCCAGUGACAAACUUAGUGGUGAUAUAGUGAUAUCAGUUCUUGCGUGACUAUAAUGAACUAGUUGGUAUAGUUUCCGUAGAUAUUUUCAAAGAUGUCAGUUGACCAAGACCUAGUAGUAUCUUCCUGUCCAUCACCAGUGUCCCAUUCAGACCACCACAAUGGCAGAAAAGUCAGUAUAGUCGAUGGACCCCACUGUCACGAUCGAGGUCACGACAAUCCGGCCUUUGAAUCACCCAGGAGUCGGAAAGUUUCCGCCGCGUCGGAUCACGCUGAUAUGGGACCAGUCAGGAAAAAGAGCAUUCUGCACAAGACCAGUGAUUUCGAAAAUAACAGCAUAUCGGGUCGUAGCGACAGCGGAAGACAGAUCAACGGCGAUACCAGAAUCAAGAAACAUUCCGUCACUGAAUCUGUCCAUUCUAAAACGAGAAGUCCGGACGAAGAUGACAGGUCUUGGUGGUACACAUUUUGUCUAAAAUGCCGCUCAAAAGAUGAGGGUCUUCCUUCGUGGCAGCCACACAUCUGGCCAAAAUUAUGUCCUCACCCAUUUUGCCCUACAUAUCGACAAUUUACUAGAAUCAUUGCCAUUGGUCUUAUCGGAAUCUUGUCAUGGUGCAUUUUAUAUUCAAUUGUGGGAGAGACAGCAGCUCCACCCAAUGGGAAAUUGUUCCAGUUGAUAAGUCUCAGUAUAUGUGCCCACUUUGGAGGGUGGCUAAUAUCGCUCACGACAUUGCCAACAUUGAUCGGAAUGCUGUUCACUGGAGUCUUACUUCAGAACUUGGGGGUAGUGGAUAUAGACGAUUCAUUUUCAGACAUCACCAAAGAACUAAGGAAUGUCGCCUUGGUAAUACUCCUAAUUCGAGCUGGUCUUGAUUUAGAUCCACAGGCCUUGCGAAGGCUUAAAUACACUGUCAUGAAAAUAGGAUUAGUCCCUUGGACCGCGGAAGCAAUAAUCAUAGCAGUCCUAUCGGUUUUCUUGUUAAGAAUACCGUGGGAUUAUGCUAUUCUUCUCGGAUCGAUAGGAGCUGCCGUUUCGCCGGCAGUUGUCGUACCAUGUCUCUUCCGGUUGCGUACAAAAGGAUAUGGUGUGGCCAAAGGAAUACCAACUUUAAUUAUCGCAAUAGCCGGUAUAGACGAUGCCGUUUCUGUAGCCAUCUUCGGGAUAGUCAAGAGUAUUAUGUUUUCCACCAGUUCUAUCACCACUUUAAUUAUCCAGGGACCUGUGUCCAUUGUCGGAGGCAUAGGAUUUGGAGUUCUAUGGGGCCUAAUGUGCAACUACGCUCCAGAAAGAAAUGACCCAUUUCUGGUCCCAUUAAGAAUCCUACUCCUACUCAUCGGCGGAAUGACAUCCGUCUUCGGCAGCGAACUGAUCGGAUAUGGAGGGGCGGGUCCUUUAGGGUGCGUGUCAGUCGCAUUUGUAUGCCUAGUAUUCUGGACUAGGCAGGGUUGGGAGAUAGAAGAUAAUCCCGCUGCUACAGCCUUCCAAAUCUUCUGGAUGAUAUGUGAACCCGUUUUAUUUGGUAUCACUGGUGCCACUGUUAAGAUCGACGAACUGGACGGAAGCGUUGUUUGCCUGUGUCUUGGUAUCCUGGCUGCUGCAGCUGUUUUAAGGAUUUUGGUCACUAUAGUCAUCGGUAUCGGAUGCAAACUGAAUACUAAAGAAAAAACAUUUGUUGCGAUGUCUUUGAUGGCGAAGGCGACGGUACAGGCUGCCUUGGGUCCGAUUGCCCUUAGUAUGGUACCGGCUGGUACCGAAGAAGCCGGCUACGCCGAAAAAGUGCUAACAACUUGCGUUUUAGCCAUAAUAUUGACAGCACCCACGGCCGCCAUUCUGAUGACGAUACUUGGUCCACGGUUACUCACGAAGACCAGAUUCCCUACAGUACCUGAGGGAUGGAGGAGGAGCCAUCGUCCAUCCAUUCGAGACAUCAGCAUCAUCGAUGAGGAAGAAGAAAGAGACAUGAACAUAGAGGAGUCGGGUGAUACCAUAAUCAGUAACAAAAUGUCUUCAGAUACAACAAUUAAAUCGGGUCUGUGACAUUAAAUCGGCUUUGUAGGAAUCUACUCAGUAUUUUGCCAUAAAUGUAUUUUACAAAUAGAAACCAUUGUCGUACUGGCAAUUUUUAAUAUGAGGAGUACGCUCAAACAUUUUGAUAUUGUAUAUAAUAUACUCAUGUAUGUAUAUUCUAUUUACGAAUAUAUUUAAGAUUUAUUGGCAUUUAAGCUACAUGUAUUGUAAAUAAAGUCUUCAGUAUUUUAUCAAAUAAAUUAACCUACUUUGU